CUAAACACAGAGAACCUCUCCAUGUGGAAGACCAAGACGAUCGCUAGCUUCAUCAGCUCCCAUCACGUCUACCUCUCAUCAACAACGACGCGACGGUACUCGAGAAUCGCUCCGCCGCAACCGGCGGUUAUCCGAGUAACAAACAACAUAUCACACUUAGGACCUCCAAAGACGGGACCUUUGCCACGUCAGCUCAUGUCUUUACCUCCUUUCCCGGGUCAUCCGUUACCUUGCAAAAACGGAGUUAACGGAGAUGACGGCCACGUCACGGCCAUAAGCUGGGUUAAGUACUAUUUUGAAGAAGUUCAUGAUAAGACUAUCCAAUCUCAUUUCACAAAGGGCCUUGUUGAGAUGGAGAAAGAAGAUGGAGUUAGAGCCAUGAGAAAGGUUAAGCAUAACGAAGUGAUGAGAGUAGGAGAUAGGCUCUGGUUGCCUGUUUCAGUAGCUGAAAGUAGAAUCUCUAAGAGGUUUGAUACUAUACCGAGUGGUACCUUGUAUCCCAACGCAGAUGAAAUAGCUUAUCUUCAGAGGCUUGUUAGGUUUAAGGACUCUGCUAUUAUAGUUCUUAAUAAGCCACCUAAGCUUCCUGUCAAGGGGCAUGUGCCUAUACAUAACAGCAUGGAUGUGCUUGCAGCUGCAGCCUUGUCUUAUGGUAACGAUGAAGGUCCUAGAUUGGUGCAUCGUCUUGAUAGGGAAACUAGUGGUCUCUUAGUAAUGGGUCGAACCAAAGAAAGUAUAGAUCAUCUUCACUCGGUGUUCAGUGAUUUCAAAGGGAGAAACUCAAGGUGUAAGGCUUGGAACAAAGCUUGUGAAGCGAUGUAUCAGAAAUAUUGGGCACUGGUGAUUGGUUCUCCAAAAGACAAGGAAGGAGUAAUUUCAGCUCCUCUUUCAAAGGUGCUUCUGGAUGAGGGGAAAACAGACAGGGUGGUUUUAGCUCAAGGUUCAUGCUUUGAGGCUUCACAAGAAGCAAUAACAGAGUAUCGAGUGUUAGGACCUAUGAUCAACGGAUGUUCAUGGUUAGAACUUCGUCCUAUUACUAGCAGAAAGCAUCAGCUACGUGUACACUGUGCUGAAGCUCUUGGCACUCCAAUAGUAGGCGACUAUAAGUACGGUUGGUUCAUCCACAAGAGAUGGAAACAGAUGCCUCAAGUUGAUAUAGAGCCAACCACUGGGAAACCGUAUAAACUGCGUAGACCAGAAGGUCUUGAUAUCCAAAAGGGAAGUGUCUUAUCUAAAGUUCCUUUGUUGCAUCUGCAUUGCCGUGAAAUGGUACUUCCAAACAUUGCCAAGUUUCUCCAUGUCAUGAACCAACAUGAAACUGAUCCGCUUCGCCCAGGGAUCACGAGCAAGCCGGAUCUGUUGAGGUUUGUAGCUUCAAUGCCUAGUCAUAUGAAGAUCAGUUGGAACAUCAUGUCUUCUUAUUUGGUGUAGCUUUUCUGGUUCCUUCAAUUAUUAACAUGAGACAGUCUCUGUAAUUCCCUGUGCUGCAGUCAUUUUGUGAAUUUUUGUGUUGUACAUUAUAUAUUCUAUAAAAUAAUGAUAGUGAGAUUAUAAUGUAUUUU